GAGAAGGGGUGGUGGGCCUGGCGGGCGGACCGAGGCUGCGGGCAGUUGGGCGGUUCCGCGCGGCAGUGUCGGGGGAUCUCCGGGGCCCUGGCGUCCGGGGUCCACGCCACACUCCAGGAGGUGCCUGAGCGAGCGGGCCAGCGAGCAGUAGCGGCCAGAGAGACCCGCGGGCCGGGACCAUGGGCUGCUUCUUCUCCAAGAGGCGGAAGGCUGAGAAGGAGUCGCAGCCCGAGGGCGAAGAGGAGCGACCCAAGCAGUACAGCUGGGACCAGCGCGAGAAGGUUGAUCCGAAAGACUACACUUUCAGUGGACUGAAGGAUGAAACAGUAGGUCGCUUACCUGGGAAAGUGGCAGGACAACAGUUUCUCAUUCAAGACUGUGAGAACUGUAACAUCUAUAUUUUUGAUCACUCUGCUACGAUCACUAUUGAUGACUGUACUAACUGUGUAAUUUUUCUGGGACCCGUGAAAGGCAGUGUGUUUUUCCGAAAUUGCAGAGAUUGCAAGUGCGUGUUAGCCUGCCAACAGUUUCGUGUGCGGGAUUGUAGAAAGCUGGAAGUCUUUUUGUGCUGUGCCACUCAACCCAUCAUUGAGUCUUCCACAAAUAUCAAAUUUGGCUGUUUUCAAUGGUACUACCCUGAAUUAGCUUUCCAGUUCAAAGAUGCAGGGCUAAGUAUCUUCAAUAAUACCUGGAGUAACAUUCAUGACUUUACACCUGUAUCAGGAGAACUCAACUGGAGCCUUCUUCCAGAAGAUGUUGUAGUUCAAGACCACGUUCCUCUGCCUAUUACCGAAGAACUCAAAGCUGUCCGUGUUUCCACAGAAGCCAACAGAAGUAUCGUUCCAGUAUCCCGGGGUCAGAGACAGAAGAGCAGUGAUGAAUCAUGCUUAGUGGUAUUAUUUGCUGGUGAUUAUACUAUCGCAAAUGCCAGGAAACUAAUUGAUGAGAUGGUUGGUAAAGGCUUUUUCCUAGUUCAGACAAAGGAAGUGUCAAUGAAAGCUGAGGAUGCUCAAAGGGUUUUUCGGGAAAAAGCACCUGACUUCCUUCCUCUUCUGGACAAAGGUCCUGUUAUUGCCUUGGAGUUUAAUGGAGAUGGUGCUGUAGAAGGAUGUCAACUUAUUGUCAACGAGAUAUUCAACGGGACCAAGAUGUUCGUAUCAGAAAGCAAGGAGACAGCAUCUGCAGACGUAGACAGCUUCUACAACUUUGCUGAUAUACAGAUGGGAAUAUGAAGUGCAGUGUGGAACCAGGGACUGGAUGUUAAGCCCUUUUCAAUUUGUGUAUUAGCAACGGUUUUUACUAAUGCUAAAAUUGUUAAAUUUUACUUUUUAAUAAAUGGUUGAAUACUGCAUCA